AUGAAAGGAACUAAAAUAACGCUGAUUCGUAGAGCAAUUACUACUGCAUCUUCUCACCAUUACGGUAUUUUCGAUGAUCCCUUUUCUUUAUUUUGUUCAAAUUUUCACAGUGUGGGUCCCAAAGAUCGAUCCUUUUCACGUAAACGCAGAAUAGAUUUGAGUUGUAUAAAUGAAGUAGAUGAUGUUGUUUUCUUAUUUCGUCAAAUGGCAAGAAUGCAGCCACAACCAUCCGUUAUCGAAUUCACCAAACUAUUGCAAGUUGUUGUCGAGAUGAAACAUUACUCCGGCGCCCUUAAACUGUUCGACGAAAUGCGUCAAUGGGCUGCCCGUAUCAAUGAGUACACGAUGACCAUCUUGAUUAAUUGUUGUUGCCUCUUCAAACAUGUAGACAUUGGUUUUGCUAUCUUUGGCUGCUUCUUUAAACGCUGCCACGAGCCAAACGUUACGACGUUCAACACCCUCUUAAAAGAGCUCUUUUUAGAUGGUAAUGUAGCUGAGGCAGAGAAAUUGUUCAAGAAGAUUUUUACUUUCAAACUUUGUGAGCCAAACGAUGUUACGAUUCUUACCGUGGUAGAUGGGCUCUGCAAAACAGGACAUGUUCUUGCUGCCAAUGAUUUGCUUUGGUUAUUGGAAAAGACUAUCUAUAAACCCAAUGUUAAGGCUUAUAACGCGGUAAUUGACGGCUUAUGCAAGACCGGAACGGUGGAUAAUGCUCUCCAGCUCAAGUCUAGAAAGAUCGACAAGGGAAUUUCACCGACUAUUGUAACAUAUAACUCGAUGAUUCAGGGCUUGUGCGAUUUCUGUAGAUGGAAAGAGGUCAAAGACUUAUUGAACGAAGUGGUCGAUCACGAGAUUUGUUUAACUGUUGUUACUUUUAGUGUAUUGGUGGACGCGUUUUGCAAGGAAGGAAAUGUUAAAGAAGCCGAAGAUAUUUUGGAAAUCAUGAAGCAGCAAAAUAUUUGUCCUAAUAUCGUCACUUACAAUUCGUUGAUAAAUGGGUACUGUUUGCAAGGGAAAAUGGACGACGCAAAACAUAGCGGGCGAGGGGAUUAA